AUGGUGAAGCUGAUGUCAACGUGCUGUUAGCUGAUGGUAGAUGGUAGUGCUUUCCUCUAGGCUUCGUCUGUGUGGUUUAGCUCCUUCAAAAGGAACAACAAUUCCUGUUGGGUGUGAUUUUAGGCUUUUCCUUGACCAAGUGCAGUACUCUGCCCUUUAGCCUGGGCAGUGGCAUCUGACUGAAGCUGGGAGGCAGUCCAACCGUAGGCCAGUAGGAUUGGAAACUCUAGGGAGAAGCAGGGCGAGAGGCGUGGUGUGGGCGUGACCGUCUCAGGACCAGGCCACGCCUCCUUCGCCUCUCUGGGCUGCGCAAGCGCGUCGUGGGCUGUGAGCUGUCAGGAUCCUAGCAGUGGGAGGCAGGGAUCGGACAUCGGUGCAGGGACUCCGCCGUGUGAGCCCCGCACAGCGACAACCGGGACAAGUGCUUCGAGGCCUGGGCUGCCUGCCAGGUCACACAGUCGAACAGGGACCUGUGGGGCAGUUGGCCGCACAGGCAAGAUGGGGAACCGGGAGAUGGAAGAGCUGAUCCCUCUGGUGAACCGUCUGCAGGACGCUUUCUCGGCUCUGGGACAGAGCUGUCUGCUAGAGCUGCCACAGAUCGCCGUGGUGGGCGGCCAGAGCGCCGGCAAGAGCUCAGUGCUCGAGAAUUUCGUGGGCAGGGACUUUCUUCCUCGAGGCUCAGGCAUUGUAACCAGACGGCCUCUUGUACUCCAGCUUGUCACCUCUAAAGCAGAAUAUGCCGAGUUUCUACAUUGCAAAGGAAAAAAAUUUACAGAUUUUGAUGAAGUUCGACAUGAGAUCGAAGCAGAAACAGACCGCGUAACAGGAAUGAAUAAAGGCAUCUCUUCUAUACCCAUUAACCUCCGAGUCUACUCUCCCCACGUGUUAAAUCUAACGCUAAUCGACCUACCUGGAAUAACGAAAGUGCCCGUGGGAGACCAGCCGCCAGAUAUCGAGUAUCAGAUCAGAGAUAUGAUUAUGCAGUUCAUCACGAGGGAGAACUGUCUGAUUUUGGCUGUCACGCCAGCCAACACCGAUCUUGCGAACUCGGAUGCACUGAAGCUAGCCAAAGAAGUUGAUCCUCAAGGUCUGAGGACCAUUGGCGUGAUCACCAAGCUGGAUCUCAUGGAUGAAGGAACAGAUGCCAGGGAUGUGCUGGAGAACAAGCUGCUGCCUCUUCGCAGGGGCUACGUGGGGGUGGUCAACAGAAGCCAGAAGGACAUAGAUGGAAAGAAAGACAUUAAGGCAGCCAUGUUGGCAGAAAGGAAAUUUUUUCUUUCUCACCCGGCGUACAGACACAUUGCUGAUCGUAUGGGGACCCCACACCUCCAGAAGGUCCUGAAUCAGCAACUUACCAACCAUAUUCGAGAUACUCUGCCCAACUUCAGGAACAAGCUACAGGGGCAGCUGCUCUCCAUAGAACAUGAAGUGGAAGCCUUCAAAAACUUCAAACCGGAAGACCCCACAAGGAAGACCAAAGCCCUGCUGCAGAUGGUCCAACAGUUUGCUGUGGACUUUGAGAAGAGAAUCGAAGGGUCAGGAGAUCAAGUAGACACCUUAGAGCUCUCUGGCGGUGCUAAGAUCAACCGCAUUUUCCACGAACGCUUUCCUUUUGAGAUAGUGAAGAUGGAGUUCAAUGAGAAAGAACUGAGAAGAGAAAUAAGCUACGCAAUCAAAAACAUACAUGGGAUCAGGACAGGGUUGUUUACUCCAGACAUGGCGUUUGAGGCAAUAGUUAAAAAGCAGAUAGUAAAACUGAAAGGGCCUUCCUUGAAGAGUGUGGACCUGGUAAUGCAGGAGCUGAUCAACACCGUGAAGAAGUGUACCAAGAGGCUGGCAAACUUCCCCAGACUCUGUGAAGAAACAGAAAGGAUUGUUGCUAACCACAUCCGUGAGAGAGAAGGGAAGACAAAGGACCAGGUCCUGCUACUGAUUGACAUUCAAGUCUCUUACAUUAACACCAACCAUGAGGACUUCAUCGGCUUUGCAAAUGCUCAGCAGAGGAGCAGUCAGGUUCACAAGAAAAGCACAAUUGGAAAUCAGGGAACCAAUCUUCCGCCUUCACGGCAAAUUGUGAUUCGUAAGGGCUGGCUGACCGUCAGCAACAUUGGCAUCAUGAAAGGGGGCUCGAAGGGCUACUGGUUUGUCCUCACUGCAGAAAGCCUGUCCUGGUAUAAAGACGAUGAGGAGAAAGAAAAGAAAUAUAUGCUUCCCCUGGACAACCUGAAGGUCCGGGAUGUGGAGAAGGGCUUCAUGUCCAGCAAGCACGUCUUCGCACUCUUCAACACCGAGCAAAGGAAUGUAUACAAAGACUAUCGCUUCCUGGAGCUGGCCUGUGAUUCCCAGGAAGAUGUGGACAGCUGGAAGGCGUCUCUGCUCAGAGCCGGGGUCUACCCAGAUAAAUCUGUAGGGAGCAACAAAACUGAAAAUGAUGAAAAUGGACAAGCAGAAAACUUUUCCAUGGACCCACAGUUGGAGAGGCAAGUGGAGACCAUACGCAACCUAGUAGACUCCUACAUGUCAAUAAUCAACAAAUGCAUCCGAGACUUAAUUCCAAAAACAAUAAUGCAUCUUAUGAUCAAUAACGUUAAAGACUUCAUCAACUCUGAACUCCUAGCACAGCUCUACUCUUCUGAGGACCAGAACACUCUGAUGGAAGAGUCCGCGGAGCAGGCUCAGCGCCGAGAUGAGAUGCUCCGAAUGUACCAAGCCCUGAAAGAAGCUCUCGCAAUCAUUGGUGACAUCAACACGGCCACGGUGUCCACCCCAGCCCCACCUCCAGUCGAUGACUCCUGGCUCCAACACUCCAGGAGGUCACCUCCUCCGAGCCCCACCACCCAACGAAGGCUGACGAUAAGUGCUCCCCUCCCAAGGCCCACAUCUGGCCGUGGGCCAGCUCCCGCUAUCCCCUCUCCAGGCCCCCACUCCGGAGCUCCCCCAGUUCCAUUCCGUCCUGGCCCAUUACCUCCUUUUCCCAACAGCAGUGACUCCUUUGGAGCCCCUCCGCAAGUUCCGUCCAGGCCCACCAGGGCACCCCCCAGUGUUCCAAGGUUUGGUGCCGUGAAGGAGGAAGCUGUCGAGCCUUGAAGUCGAGGGGCUCAGAGUACAUGGAAAUUAAGCAACCCGUGUGACUAGCCUGGGAGUCAUUCCCCUGCGGUCACACACGGAAACAUCCUGACUUACCCUCUCCUCUCCUCGACAGCUCUCUAAAACUGUGGUGUUUUUAGCAGCCAAGUGUCAUUUGGACAAGUGGUGAAAUCACCUUGCGAUUUGUGACAUCAGCUGUGAGGCAAGCUCUCUGUUCUCCUAACUAGCCAGCCUUCCUUACAGAAAAAAAUAAAAAUCAUACCCAGACAGUCUGGAUUGUCAGGGAACUGUUUUUGUUUUUUGUUUUGUUUUUUUUUUCAACAACUAGAUUUAAAAGUAAAAAAGAAAAACAAGCUAUAUUAUAGCUCAAAAAUAUAAUUGCUAAAGACAGAACAACUUUAAGCUGUUCUUACAAUUCUUACAAUCAAGGUAUCUCAUGAGGCAACCCUUGAUAUUAGAAAUAAAUUGGUGCUGAGACCUCCAAAUGUAAUUAAUAAUCUGCUGCAGGUUCAACAUUAGUUGUCAUAAAACUAAAAUUUCAAACCACUGUUCUCUAAAGAAAAGUGUCCACUUUAAUUAAAUAUACCUCCAAAGGUGCAAUCUAUUUACAUGACGGUUCUUAUUCCAGUAUCCUGCUUCAAUUCUUAUGACAAUGUACUAGUCCACUGAAAGGAAGCAAUGGCGAAUGUCAAAGGUUUUCUUUCACUCUUCAGGUCCUGUUUCCAAUAUGGUUUAAGUGAAAGUCAAAUUAUUUUGGGGAUUUCCUCCUUGGGCCUAACUAAGGAAGUAGAGUCGACUUUACACAGGCAUUUCCACUCGGCCACAGUUCAGAUGCCUGGCGGUCUGUUUAGGCAAGGCCCACAUACAUUACCGGUGUCUCCUCGGGUCAGAACCUGUGAACUCUUUGGUGGUGUGUAGGCAGACUCACGUUUGCCUUUCUCUUUUCAUUGGGUCUGAAUCUUUCCCACAUAUCCUAUGUGGCAGGAAAGUAAAAGCAAAAAGGGAAAUUAGGAAAGAUUCCCGUCAUGCAAAACGCAAAUAACACGAACGCAGACAGGAGACAGCUCCUCCUACCGUACACUGCAGUUAGCCAAGCAGCGGGUGACAGGCCUCCAGUUAAGCAAACACAACUGCUUCCUCCGUGUCUUGUGUCAAGAACAAGUAGCUCUGACAUUGUUCCCUUUGGAGAUCUUUAGUCGCUAAGCUCCGUCACUGCAGGACAAGCGCUUUUGCAUCUCAGGGUGCCCAGUUCUGCCCUGGGGUUCACCUGAUUGAUAGAGGACAACAGCCAAGACAGAGGCCCUGGCCAGGGACAAUGCGUAAUUGAUUCCGAUUAUUUUUCCUGUGGCCAGUCAGCAGUAAACUGUCACCAGCUGUAAUCCACCGAGUGUCCCUAUAUACAAGCUGGUGUCAGCUCGGAGAAAAGCGGGGAAAUGCUCUACCAUGUGUAAAUAGACAUCCAGACUUGCAGACACACAUAGGCUAGCUAGGGCUCAAGUUUCUUUCAUUGCCCUUGCUGGGAGGAAAAAGCGAUUUUCAAGAAGGCUUCAUGCUCAGGCAUUCCUGGUCAGAGGGGAUAUUUUUCCAAGGCCUCGGAGACUCACGGUGUAUGAAUUGCACCUCUUUCACAGCUAACUUUUAUCUCAGCAGUAAACUCUUAAGAAGAGGCUGCUGGAGGCUUCUUUAUUUCCCUCUUUUCCUUUCCCCCAACUCACCGGCUACUAUGAGAGAUUAAAAAGUGAGACUUAGAAAAAAACCUUACACGGCAGACAGGAAGUUUAAACUAAAACUUGUCAGUGGAGCGUCUUGCUCUGUGAAUGUGCCUGGGACGCCUAACUGCAGCAGCGGAAGAAAGGAGGGAAGGAGUCAGCUGAGCGCGUGUUGGCUCUGCUGGCUCCUCAUGCAUUUAUCGAUGCUUAAACAUAGAAUUGUUAAGUGCCCGGCGCUGACAUUCCUUAGCCUACCCAUGCCAAACAUACUGGAUGCAUUGUCUGGGGAAACCUCUGGAUCUAAACACGUAUUUACACCCUUUAGUUGCCAAAUGGUUUCCAUCUGGCUCACCAAUGCUGUUGCCAGAAGGAUAUUCCACUUCUGGUCAGGCUAGAGUUGUCAGGGCCAGAGUGGGGGUUUCUGGGAAGGCUCUGAGCCUGAGAGACACUACAUGUUUAAUGACGCCACAUUACUUGAGCAUUUACAUGUUUAGAUCACAUGGCAGCACUAGCCCAAAAUAGAACUCCAACGCAGGGCAAUGUCGAAAGCCAUGAGGUAUUCAGGGACUCUCUCCACACCACAGCUCCCUCAUUCCUUGCAUCUGGCUGCUCCUCAGGCUUCAGAGCCACAUGAUAGGCAAAACCACAAAUACCAAAUGCUCUAAUUUAUUUUUAAGCAUUCCCACCAAGCACUGAGAAAUAUCCACUCUUUGUUUUUCAGUCAGAAUAAUCGGUUCCCAUGAAUCACAUGAACCCAUUCCAUUCACAGGCCCUGGGGGCGGGGAGCAGGGGUCGGAGCAUAAUCAAAAGGGAAAUUAGCCAACUUCUCCACGUCUCAGCAUCAGGGGUAGCGUUGAGCCUCUUGAUCCAAUUGCCCACACAGGGAGUGAUCUAAGCACCAGAAAAUGAAACAAGGUAUAAUGGCUCUCCUCCCUGCUCUUACGGAAACCCCACGAAUGCACAGGUCAACAUGAGAGUCGCCAAUAAGCAGCAUCCUUUCUUUGGUGGAAAGGAUGACAUAGAAGCUGAGAGAGAAGAAAAUGAAGACUGAACCAACCUAGAUACUCUACCACAAACAUAUCCAAAGCUUCAAGGAAAGGUCUGGAAACGGAGACAAGCUAAAAUAAAGGUGGACAUGAUCUCUUAUAGCCCCCCAUAAGCCUGCAAGGCUGAGGCUGAGGCUGAGGCAGGAGGAUCAUGAAUUUAAGGCCAGCCUUGGCUACAAAGCCAGUUCAGGCCAUCAUGAGGCACACAGUAAGAUCCUGAUCCAUCUCCCACUUCAAAAAAGGCACACAGCGUGAGAAGGGCCUUAGUUGGCUUUCAGUAUAAUCAGGAAAAUGGCCUUAGUCUACAACCGAAUAUCCCUUUUGCCUCCACCAUAUAAACAUUCGAAUUUGGCUUUAGAUAUUCUGAAGCAGCAGUAUCUAGAUGUCCCCUUCAUCUGCACACUUCAGUAUGACAUUGAUUUACAGGCACUUAGCCUGAUUAUCUGGCUAUUUUGUUUUGUUCUUACUUUUUGAGUCAAAGUCUCACAUAGUCUACUGUGUCCCUGAAUUUACUUUAUUGCCACCUCCAGCCUUGAAUGUCUAAUCUUCCUGCCCCUACUUCUCAAGUGUUCAGAUUAUAGGUGUAUGCUAUAUUGUCCAGUGGGGAAAAAUAUAUAAGGCAUUUUAUAAUCCUUGAGGUAGCUUGCUUGACAAUGAAUACUAACGUAAGACGAAUUCUGGACCGUGUGUAUGCUUUUAAGUUCAUAGUGUGAUCUCAAAGAUAAUUUUAGGACUGAAUGAAAUUUUCCUUCAGGUAAACCUUUAAGUAUCAUGCCCCAGGUCUAACAUAAGACCUGCCUACUCCCUGCCACUAUGGUUGCAGUCACAAAGAAAGGCCGUAAAAAGAUCUAAGCCCAACAUCCACUGCUUUUUAAAAACAUUCCCUAUAGUGUUAGAAAGUGUUUUAAUAACUAAAAUAAUAAACCCUCACGUCAGACAAGUUCUACAAUAUCUUAAUUAUUGGCUUUGGGGUGAAAAAUGAAGGAGACAUUAGUGGAUGUGUUAACUAGACAAACCAUGGCAGGACUUUCCCUCCACAUAUCUAGGCCUGACACCAAAAUAAAACGAAGCUCUGCAAACCCAUAGCAGGAAAGGCGACUUAAAGCUUUAAAAGUACCAAUAAAUAGAUAAUACUCAAGAGAAACCCCUGUAACUUCACCAGGAGCCUGCAGUUAACCUGGCCAGGUGAUCUUCGGUUCAGAUCAGGAGUCCGCAGUGAGUAGAUAUUGAAAUAAUAGUCUGUGAGUACAGUGGUUAGUGUUCUGCCCUGCAAUAUAAAGUGCCUUAAUAUUUCCAAUACUCUAAAUGACUCUUCCCACAUCUUAAUAUUUCAUACUGGAAAGCCAGUAUAAGAAUUUUUAACCUUUAGAACAUGAUUGUCUUUGAAGUAGCAUGCUGGUGGUGCCUCUUGAGUUUUCUUAAAAUCACAAUCUUAUGGCUUUGGCUGUUUUCCCUCAAGAGCCCUUCUCUGUGAGUCUGUCUGGCACACACUGUUAAUUCACAGUCUUCGAGGUGAGGUGAGGGGGACAGUACAUGGAGGCACUCCUGCUGGUGCCACUUACCAAUCCUACUGAACCUUUCCCCAGUCCCUGUCCCUCCAGACCUGAGAAUUUCAGUAAAACAGUGUAGACAGCCACAAGGAACCCUGCUGUGUUCUCCUGCUUCAUGUUGUCCCGAGUGAGCCCUUUGUAGUUUUCAUUUGAUAUGCUAUUUGGCUGGGUGGGAGUGGGGGGGGGGGUAAUUUGCAUAUUUACUCCCCCCCCCCACCCCCCCGCAGAAUCUAUACCAUUGGUUAAAAUUAAAGUGUAUCUCCAAGUGUGAGUAGGGAAGAGAGAGUUGUUGUCUCUUGUUCAGAAGGCAACGUUAAAUUAGAAAAACGGGGUUUAGGACGACCAUCCAUCUUCACUGCAUCCUUGGAGCCCCCUCCUUUAUCCAUCCCUGCCCCGACUUCCUUUGUCUUCCUGGCCCCACACAUCAUUCUAUAGAGCAGUCUUCCACUGGUUCCUUAUGGUGGACACCUGCCUUCUGGCUGUGUUUGGCAGGCCGGCAGGAUGAGGUAAUAAUCAGAAGAGAAUGUUCUGGGUCUUUGGCCACAUCCACGUACGGCUUUACUCAAAACAGCUCUCUGUGGGUGAGAACAGAGCGGCUCUGAGAUCCCUCUGUCUAACAUUCUGUGGAAGCCUGGAAGAACAAUGGAAAUAUAAAUGAUAGCUACCUUAGCCCAUCCUUUCAAAGCUUUUUACGCACAGAUGUGCAGGGAAAUGAGAACUUCGCACUUAUGAACAGUUUUGGCUCUAUUUCCUCUGAGUCCAACCGUCUUCUUAAGCACUCUUCUCCCUGUGGCUAUGCAGCACCGGAUAUUUUUUUUUUUUCCUAAGAGCAUAUUUUGUGAAGGAUUUCUCCAGGGCAAUGGCAAUCUUUGUAAGACAGAUGCCUGAAGGACAUAUGGUUUCCAUACAUUUUCUGUCUAGACUGGCUUUAUUUAGUGACUCUUGGUCUGAACUGGUCUAGUUAAAGUUUCUCCAGGAGCUUGUAUAAAACUUUUAGAUGUGGACAUACCAUUAAGGUGUAAAACAAAAACCUUGCCUUCAUAUUGGCAAGAGAGUAGAAGGGGUCGUUGGCCACUUUCCUCUAGACGAAGUUGUUCUGAUCACAUUGAAUGUCCACUCACCCAUUGCACCUCCAAACACUGCCAAGAAUAGAGGGGAACUCUUAGUCUGUAAACUCCUCACUGUUUUCCUGAAUAAAUUCUUUGCAUUGCUUGUGCAUGUGUGUGCGUGUGUGUAUGUUGUGUGUAUGUGUGUGUGUCUGUGUGUAUGUGUGUGUCUGUGUGUGUGUGUAUCUGUGUGUGUGUCUGUGUGUGUGUGUCUGUGUGUGCAUGUUUAUGUGUCUGUGUGUGUGUAUGUCUGUGUCUGUGUGUGUGUGUGUGUUGUAUGUGUAUGUCUCUGUGUGUGUGUGUCUGUGUGUGUGUGUAUCUGUGUGUCUGUGUGUGUGUGUCUGUGUGUGUGUGUGUCUGUGUAUGCGCGUGUGUGUGUCUGUGUAUGUUGUAUGUGUAUGUCUGUGUGUGUGUGUGUGUCUGUGUGUGUCUGUGUGUGUGUGAAAGCUCUAAUUCCUUCUUUACAUGGCCCAGGGGACCUAUGAUUUCUUGCCCUUUUAGCACCAAUUUUUACAAACACAGCAUUUUUUUUUUCCUGACUUGAAGGAGAAGAAAAACCACCCAACAAGCCACUGAGUAAGGGACUUAGCCAUUUGGCAUUUCGGUAGCUCCUUCAACCAACAAUGAAAAUUCUGUUUUAAAAUGUGGUUUCUGGGCCAGUGUUCAAGGCUGCUCUAGAAACAAUAAGAUCCUUUCAGAGGGAAAGAAUAACUUCGAGGCUUGCCCAGAAGUCAGCUCUGCUCCCUCUUUUGUGGGAACCCCAGACCUAUUUUACUGCCUCACAACUACAGGCUCCUGCAAAAGAGACACUGUGGGCCACUCUGCACGUGUCCCGCCUCCCCCAAGUGCCAUUGCUUGCUCUGAGCAUUUAAUUGGUCUUCCUUACAUAUUUGUUCGCUGGCAUGGCAGCUCAAAAGGCACAGUGCCUCUCUGUUUUUCUGUUUGCUUUCAUUUGUUUCUUUUGUUUUUUUAAAUGUUGAGCUUCAAAGGCAUAUUAGAGCUCCCCCUGCUGGAUGUUUUUUAGAACACUGUUUGAGUUAGCCAGCAGUACAGGGCAACUCUUUGUCUCCAAUUUUUGCCAGUUAAAGGGCAAAAAAGUACUGUGUGGUGCAUUUAAAACUGGCCUUUUGACUCACCAGCUGUCAUUUAGUCCUUUCUAUAUCCUCAGAUUCUGUGCGUUUAUUUUGUAACAGCAAAGCAAUUUUUCAAAAAGAAUUUGCCUGUUCACAGCCGCUCUGAAACAGUUACACUCUCUGAAAUUCCCCCCUCAUCGUCCUAGAAGGCAAGAAGGGCUCUCUCAUCUCUUCUAAAGCAUUAGUGAGUCCUACUGUCUCACAGAGGUGCGAACCGCUGUCUUUUCCUUCCCUGCUCCUGCCCUUUCUUUUCCAUGACUUCAAAUGACAGGAGACUAUAUACCCCGGAAGUGGAAACCUCCACUAGGGAUAGCUGCCUCUGGGUACCUCCUUCAGAACUUCACUUCCUUCCUUUGGAUGUUAAAGUCAGAUCCUCCCUCUCCUGGCGCCUAAGGUGGGAGGGAGGUGAGGGCCAGGAAGAAAAAGGGAAGUCAGAGAAUUAGAGGAAAGGAUGUUAGUCCCCUACUUUAAUGGGAAUGGGCUCUAUGGUACAAAGCCCCAAAGGGAGUUCUAUUUCUAGGGAAAGAAGGGAGAGGGAGGAAAGGGGGGGAGGGGAAAGGAAGAUGGGUGGCAGAAUGAGAAGAUGCUAAGGAAUAGGGAGAAAGAGGAGGAUAGGAAGGAGGGAGGGAAUUCACUGGAAGGAGUGUCAUGUCAUCUGACUUAAUUCAAUGGCCAUAUGCUGCAAAUGUCUGGAAAAAUCGGGCCCUACCCCCUGUUUUCUCAGGCUCUGUUCUUAAGUCCACUUCUCUCUACCUUCUUCAUCCCCUUCCUUCCUCUCCUCGCCUUAACUGUCAUUAGUGAUAUAGUACAGAGGCCACUGUAGAAAACGAAAUAUCACAUCUAGUCUUGUAAACACCACAGUUUCAUACAACUAAACAUUCUCUAGGUCAUUUCCUCAUUUUAGCAGCUCCAAACAAGUCACAUGAUACUUGUGGCAAAGGGUGGGGUGACGUUUGAUUUUCUAAAUAGCAUCACUUGUCCAGCUUACUUUCUUUAUAGGCACCCAUUCCUAUUCCUGGAAUGUCAGACCCUCAACUUCCCCUGUGCUCUAGAAUCAAUCCCUCCCUCCCCUCUCCUCCUCCUGCUUCUUCUUCUUUUUCUUCUUCUUCUUCUUCUUCUUCUUCUUCUUCUUCUUCUUCUUCUUCUUCUUCUCCUUCUCCUUCUCCUUCUCCUUCUCCUUCUCCUUCUCCUUCUCCUUCUCCUUCUCCUUCUCCUUCUCCUUCUCCUUCUCCUUCUCCUUCUCCUUCUCCUUCUCCUUCUCCUUCUCCUUCUCCUUCUCCUCUCCUUCUCCUUCUCCUUCUCCUUCUCCUUCUCCUUCUCCUUCUCCUUCUCCUUCUCCUUCUCCUUCUCCUUCUUCUUCUUCUCUCUCUCUCUCUCUCUCUCUCUCUCUCUCUCUCUCUCUCUCUCUCUCAUACACACACACACACACACACACACCAUCUCUAAGCUAGGACUCCAGGUGUCCCUGCCACUGCCCAGGUUAGAGCUCUAUGUGAGCAUUUACCUGCUGCUGUCACUGCUAACCUGACUCUGUCCUAACGAGACAGCCUUCCAGAAAGUGACAAUCUUUAUUUCCACAUCUCUGUUAACAUCAUACCCUGAAAUGCACACAGAGAAAGAAAAAAAUGCAAGAUGAGCUGACUUGCAAUGCUUAAUCAAAACUUACUUUGGACCCUGGCCCCCAAGCAGUGCAUUUUACAAACCAAUAUAAAUACGUUUGGAUUUUUGUUUUGUUUUGUUUUCAGUCUACUGAAAGAAUCCAAGUCAAUGUUGUUGUAAAAUCCCUUUCAUCAUUGAAAGGCUGGGUGGGUUUGUUGUUAUAGGGAUGUUAGCAUCAUACCUGUGAGGGCAGCCUAGGGCAGAUCUACAGAGCCAUCGGAGUAAGCGUCAGCACAGUGCAUUUUCUAUUUAUCCCAGAGACGAAAGCAUUCAAGUUAGUACAUGCCUAUGUUACCAAAUAAAGAUUGCGAACAAUUAUCUCAUGUUCGCACUUCAAGUCCCACAAAUUGAUUCAUAUUUUACAAAUAUAUGUAUACAUAUAUACAUAUAUAUGUAUAUACUAGUAUAUAUAUAUUAGUAUUAAUAUUAUAAAAUCAAGGGUUUUUUCUUAUGGGGGAACUAUAUGUCACUUCUUAUAUUUAGUGAGUUAUACUACCUUCAGACCCUUCAAGUAGACUCCAAUUUUAUAUGCUUCCAUACAUCUACCACAAACUAUUCUUGCACAACAAUGAGCUUGAUGACAUUCUUAGAUCACAAAGGGCAAAUAUAUACAUAUACAUAUGUAUGUAUGUAUAUAUGCAUACGUAUAUAUGUAUGUAUAUAUAUGCUAGAGAGCAAGUACCUUUAUUGUUUAUAAUAAAAUUAUAAUAAUAUCUUCCAUUUGAAUAAAAUCGUGAGCAUCACAACAUUUUCCUGAGUUAAGCCCAACUCCAUCUAAAUAUAUACCUAUUUUAAAAAUUAACAAAAUGAGAAUCAAAAUAUAAGUGGAUUACCUACACCUAAAACACUGCAUCCUGUGACAACUGUCUAGAGUAAAUAUUCUGAAGAGGAAGUGAGCUUCUGGCCUUGUCAUUACUGUUCCAUUUUCCUCAGAGGCAUGUUCCUGUCUGUUAGAUUCAUGCACGCACACUUACUCACAUCCAGGUCUUCACCCUGUCCCGAUCAAGUGCCAUGCAGUGCAGGAAGAAAAGGGUAAGAGGCGGGCUCACUCCAGGGGAGGUUUAGACAAGUGUUCAGAUGGGGGCUGCGGUGAAGGCUCAGUAAAGCGCUUACCAGGGCAAGGGUGCUAGCCUGCUUCUGGAUACCCAUCACCCACGCUUAAAAAAAAAGAGAAAAACCAAGUAUGGUGGGUGUUGUGAGCCUAUAAUACCAGUGUCAGGGAAGAGGAGACUGGAGGGUCUAUGGGGCUUACUGGUCAGCCAGUCUUGAUAACUCAAGAAGUUUCCUGUCUCAAAAAGAAAGUUAAAGUGACUGAGGAAGACUCCACUACCAACUUCUGGCCUGACUGCACACACCCACACACUCACAUACAUAUAUAUACACACACACAAACAUAUACACAUACAUUCACAUACACACACACAUGCAUACACACACACACACACACACACACACACACACACACACACACACAUACACACACACCAAAGCUGAUGAACAAUGCAAUCUGUCCUGGUGGAGCCUCCCCAAGGUCAUUACAACUAGCCUCACAUCAUGAACACUCAAGGCCAGAUAACAGAAGACGAACAGAUGGAAUUAGACUUCUAUUCUUAAAAGACAAUCGUGUGAGAGAAGGAAACAAACGGCAGGUUCUCAGCCUUAUCAGUGGAGCCAGCUUCUGCCCAGAAAAAAGAAAAAGAAAAAAAUGCCACCCACCCAGCAGGAACAUGGGACGUUCUUACAAAAACUGUCAUUGUCCAAAAUCCUGUAAGCGGGCCAUCCCUGCAGCCACAACUUCAAGUCUUACAUCUUUCCCUUUGAUUUGAAAGCAGAAACAUGGCUCUUCUAUCAUAACCAUAAACCGCCCACACACAACACAGUGUUUCAAUAAAUGUUUAAACGAUACAAGAUGCUUCAUUUCAAUGUAAUGGAUUACUUAAUGAAGCCCAUCACUUAACAAAGCAACUGAGGAAAAUUUGGUACAAAACAAAUAAGUUUGCCCCCAAACAAACUGUCUUGUGAGGUGAAUGUCUUUGGCAAUAGGAAUGGUUAGGAACUGGACCAAUGAAAUAAAUUUGAGCAGAAAACCUUAAAUACCUUCUUAGUGUUGAAGUUGGCAAACAUCUUAGCUUGGGUUAUUUAAAAAAAAAAAAAUCGCCCUCAACAACUUAGGAUCUGUCUUGAGUUGUUGUUUUUUUUUUUUCAAGCACAGAUUUUUAUGGUUUUUAUGGUUUACUUUUCUUAUUGUUUUAGAAAUAAAAUAGUGUUCACCUCUUCCAAAAGAGUAAGUGGGUCAAGGUUCUUCGGGAUUUUUUAAUUGCACAUAUUCCACAUAUGUGGAUUCCAUUAAUCUGAAAGUGAACAUAUUCCAAAGAUGCCAUAGUCAUUCUGAGAGAACACAACGGUGUCUUAUCCUUCCAUCUUUCCCUCCGUCGUUAAUUCACCACACGGGCCAUCCUUAAGGAGCUCAACAAAAGUGAAGAUGUUUAACUAUUUUUAUUCAUUUGGGGAAAACAAAAACUCACUGUGAACCAAGAGCAUGCUAAAUUCUGAGGUAGAGUAAACAAAACAUACACCAGGCCUGACAGCCAGAUGUCUCCACAGGCCUCUUCUCAGCCUCUGCCCACUGCUGGUCAUCACUCGCCCACCACCCUAGUCCAAGGUCAAAGAGAUCAACGACAAUCGGCUCUUCCAUCCAAGUGUUCAGUUUCUGUUCCAGUCUCCAUUCCCACCACUGAGCUUUCCCUCUGACGCUGAUUUAAUUCAUUUACAUUUCUAGUCCUUUUCGGUCAUUCAGCCGGCAUAGGUCUACAUUUCCCUACCUUUUGCAAGCUUUGUUACGUAGUACUUGAAAUCACCUUUGGCCCUCGCUGCACCCACACUGUCACAUUUUUCAAGCUUGCUGGGGUGCAUCACCAGGCGAUGAAUUCUAGAGCUUUACCCCAUUAUUUUGUAUCUAAAAUGGAGUGUCAUAGUAAAAACCACUUGGACAUUUGUCUCGGGUCCCUUGCCCUGCCACUCAAGCCUAGACUCCAGGCUUCUUAAAACCACCUGGCACAAUGCACAGAUUCAUAGAUAAGCCUUGCUACAGCCUCUGCCUGAGUUACAAAUGAGAAAAAUAAAACCUAGAAGCAUUCAGAAAAAAAAAAUCCUGCAUCAUCUAGCAAUUAGAUCUACACUUGAUGUCUUUUUUUAACUUCUACUCCAGGACUCUUUCUAUAUGAACAUACAGUCUCAGACAUAAGCUUCUAACUCAAAAGUGUUAUACACAUGGAACCGGCUCACCUUGACUUAGCAUGAAUGCCAGCCACAAUGGAUGUCUUGCUUAGGCACUUUUCAAUCGCUCGCUCACCUGUCCAUUCUUAAGCAAAUAUUCACCCUCUGCUCCUGAAGCUAAAUGAGCUAAAUCUGAGUGCACCACAAAGCAACAAGCGCAUUCUCUAUUCUCCAGGAACUUGGAAUCUACGGGGAGUUCAGGCAAUAAAGUGUUGGGCAGUGACAUUUAAGAUGGGAGUAAAAGGAUGAGGAGAGCCCAGGUGUACUCCUUUCUCUCUGAGCUACAAGCCUUUGUGUAACCUAUCAUGUUUGCAAAGAACAACUUCCAAUCACCUUGCCUUUCUGUAUCCCAAGUCUCUUUCAGUUCACAGUCUGACAUCCACGCAUCCUCUAAUUAUGCCCUGGUUGAGUUUCCCUCCUUCAAGUUCAAAUUCUGGCUCUCAACACCCAUCUCAUGACUGUUUAAUUACUUAAAAUACAACUCCAUAGGUUAUGUAUUUGUCCAACUCCCAGAGGACAGGAUGUUAUUGUUUAGUACCAUUCCAAACACUAAACCAAAUAAUAAAUCAAGAAGAAGAAUAUCCAAGCCUCAAUCCUAUACUCAUAUGUAUAUAUACACAUACAUAUUAGAUAUUGGGAAGGGGGCUGGAGAAAGAUCACAGGGCUUGAGUGUACAUAUUGCUAUUCCAUAGGACCCAUGUUCUGGUCCCAACAUCCACAUCAGGUGUUGUGAUAUGGAUUUAACUUCAACUCUAAGAAACCCAACGGCCUCUUCUGGGCUCUCCCGGCACCUACAUGCAUGUAUGUAUACAUACACAGGUACAGGUAUGUGAAUGUAUGUGCGCGCACACACACAAUUUAAAAUAAUAAAAUCUAAAAGACAAUUUGAGAAAAUAAUGUGUGCCACAGCCAUGAUUAAUAAACCCCCUUUUUAUAUGAUAAGACUGAUGGAUACUCAGUUGUCAAUCACUCCCUCACUGGAGGGUCAGCAGUGGACCAGGCACUGUAAGGAUACUGAGAUGCGUAAAACCGCCCAUUUCUAGUCAGUAAAGAUGAGAACAGGAGCCUAACUGGAAUCCAGUGUGAUGACUGACCAUACUGUCAUUGAAGCAACUAUAUUAGGAAGGUCAGAGAAGGCUCCCUUCACUGAGAAAAGCAAAAAGUCACUGAGAACAGUACUUCCUAUAACACCACGCUAAGCACUGUAUGACACAAGUCUGACCUCUGACCUCUGACCUCUCUAUCACAUGAGAAACUAGUGCAGGUUCAAGACUUGAGACGUAAGCUAAAGGAAUAUGGGCAGUCACCUCAAACAUGGAAGAAUAUAUUCACGAAAGAUAAAUUAUCUCUGUAUAGUCAUAAGAAGAAAAUUCCUUUUUCCCAGUGGAAAACAGCCUAACAGUUACAGAAGGCUUUCUGCAAAGGACUUGCUCACCGGACAACUAGCAGUGAUCAUGUUUGUUCCCUUGCCAAUAAGUAUCUCUAUCCAUCCUUUUAAAAUCUAGUCACUUCUAAAUAGUAAAACUAGUAUAGGACACUAAAUUAGAACCUAGCAUUGUUUCUUUGCCACUUCAGUUAUUGGAGACAAAAGGGACUCUCUGUGACUUCAUGGUAAAGGGGUCAGUAGUCAGUCUUACCAUUAAAACAGCAAUAGCUCUUCUGCUCUGAUUUUUCUCUUGGCUUUGAAUUUUAUCAUGUAGCUUAUGAUUUUUGUUUGUGUUGCUUAGCUGAGAAGCAAACCUGGGCCUUCACAGUGACAGUAUCCACUUUAACCACCAGCAAACAGGGUAUGGUUUGAGACACCCCAUCAUUGUUUUGUUCAACAUUUCCAACAGUGCUGCAUCAUCCCAGAAAAAUGGGUAUCCAAUAUGGUACCAAGUUUAGUGCUUCCAGGUCAGAAAGAGGACUACAGUUCUACAAAGGGUCUUUUGGGGAAAAAAAUUUUCAGCUGGAAAUACUAGUCAAAAAUAUUUCCAUUUAGGUUAUGUGUUAAUUAGAGUUAUGAAAAAAAAACCUUCCCAAGGUAGCUGUAUAUAGGAGCCACACAGAAAAGGCUCAUUAACAUAUUUGUGACAUAAAUAUAAUUUCAAGAGAUAAAUAAUGUGACUUGAUAAUAUUGAGCUUUUUGGGUACAAUAACACUGAAUAUCGUGCAGAUGACUUUCAGAAACACUGCAGCCAACCAGAUAGCAGCCAGUACUACUACGAAUCUUGGCGAACCCCGUAAGACUCCAAACAGGAGCUGUCCUUCACGCAGCUUACCAGGAAACUCAUACCCAUUGAGCCUGUUCACAACCACUGCAAAAAAAAACUCCAAAAGCCUUGGCUUCCUGUUUUUGAUGGUCUGCAUUAAAAGCAGAAGGGAAAAGAUUGGGGAAAGCCACUGCUAAGGCAGAGAGCAGUGGUCGAUAACACCCUGGCAGAGACAGGGAACACUGAAAACCAAUGCUGAGACUUAAUACAUCUUAUCAGUUCCUGGAGUGGGUAUACCUAAGUAUAGGCCACUCUCUCUAACUACUGUGCUUGACUGCCACAGAUCCGAGCAGUGAUGUUUCACAGUGGCCUCUAAGUCAUUCCACAUUUGCACUCGUAUUGGGGGGAAAUAAAAUCUCUUUGGUUUUCAUAAAGAUUUGCAUAACGAAAAACUACACAAUUUCCACUGGGAACUGGGCUACCCCGAUGACUCAGAGAGGAGAGUCUGAGAGUCGCUGCAGUGUGUGGCCACUCUUCCUGGCCGGAAUUGCAUGUGCAUGCGCAUGGUGGCUCUAUGUCAGUGUUCUGAAGAGACAACUACUGCUACAACACCUGUUCCCUUACCUGUCUCUUUCUCUUUUUCUAGCCGGAGGCCACCCCCAUCACCAACUCGCCCCACUAUAAUCCGUCCACUAGAAUCCUCACUGUUAGACUAAACGAAGUGUCCGGCAUGGCAAUUAACCACUAAUGAUUUAUGCAAACGCAGCACAUUCGGUAACCUUUGCAGCUCAACCAUGAGUAGUCGCAUGUAUGGACCUCUAUAGGCAAGUAGCCAGUCUUACUAAUGUGUUCACCAACUCAUCUUCAUUGCUCAUGGUAUGUCAGACCUUUGGGGUUUGACUCCGAAAACCUGCUAACCUGUAGAGAGGCUUAAAUAUGUUGUAUUGACCAAGGUAGUUUUAUACAGCAGCCCUAUACUUUGGUACCAUUUGUCUACCCAACAUAUAUCAGAAGUUGCUUUGGAAGAGCUUUCUAAGCUGUCUACAGAGAAGCUUAUGACGACUCUUAACAGAUACAAGAGUGUGAGCUUGGAACCAUACCGACCUUCCGCACAUUCUGUUUAGGGCAGCAGAAACUCUGCCUUCUGAUGUUAACGCCACCAUUCAGUCCGCAAUUGCUUAUUUAGGCUUCUUCCCCCCACCCCCCUUAUUUCAUAGGACUGCUUUAAAAAAAAAAAAAAGCAAGGUUCUUAAAUCAGCAUUGCUGAAGAUGAAAGCUUUUCAGGAGCCCGAGGCAGUCUGCAAAGGGCAAGUGCCCAGGGCUUGCCCUGGAGAGCCUCUCCUGGGGCUUGUGUGCUGUGCUUUGUGCUAGAGGCACAAGCACCAUCCAGGCAAAGCGUGAGGGGUACUGGCAAUCAGUUGAUAGAUUUGGCUCCUUUCAGAGUUCAAAGAAGAAGCAAAAACUAAUUGCCAUUCUAAAAGUGUCUGAGAAGAUAGAAUUUAUUAUCUUAUUAUUUACCUCUUUGUGAGCUAUGAUGAAGGAAGGCUGACACUGCAAGUGUUUAAUUUUCCAGUUGAUUGGACAGCAUGGGUAACUAACUCCGUUUAGUUAUUGUGACUAUUAUUUUGGCUGGAAAAAAGUUAAAUGUAUGCUAGCACAUGAUUUCUAUGGUUUAUAUAUAAAUGAUUAUACAAGAAUCCUUUUUAAAAAACGACUUUAGUGUCUCCACCCAUUCCAGACUCCCUUAAAUCUUACAGCCUACUCUGACACAAUUGCAUGGCAAGUAUGGAACCUGGUAUGGGAAGGUGAUCCAUCAGCGAUGCCAUGGUUUAAGAGCACGGCCCACGUGUUUCCAGCUUGCUCCUGAAAAACAACAUCCUGGCCAUACUGAGCUGCAGAACAAGUCUGUAGCCUCUCAGAUCUCUAAACUUUACAUGAGCAGCCUAGCCUAGAGGUUAUUAGUUCAACCUCGAGGCUACGUUUUGAACUACCUAUGACCAGAUGGUUAGCACAUAGGAACCAGCUAGAAGCCAAAUGGAAUUCUGUCUGCUAACCGCACCCAGACGGCAGAGCGGGCGGGCUUUCACCGAAUUGUAGCGUCCCCAGACAUUAUUCCAUAAUCACAAAGGUAAAUCAGGUUUUACUAACUGCAACAUCUCCUUUUGAAGGCAGUCAACAUGAUUUGUAUGCAAACUUCACUUUAAUUUCCUGUGCAGUUUCUACCCGAAGCAAGUGGCUAUAAAAUAUGAUGUAAAAACUUUUAACCAUUAUUUUAAAAAGUUUUUUUUUCCAAGUGAAAUGCCACUGCAUUGAACUUAUUCUAAUGGGUUAGAUCCCACUUUUAAUUGGCAAAAAUUAGAGAACAUGCAACAUACAAAGGGGUAUUUUUCAACCUUUAAGUGACAUAGAAGAGCUCUAAUGUCUCUAAAUUUUUUUCCCUGUUGAAAAAAAAACCGUGAAUGGAACUCGUAUAAGACAUGCACAUUGUCUUUGAAAACAGUGUCCCAACUAAAUGAAAAAAAAAAACAUACAUUAAGCAAAUGUUUAUAAUCAAACAACUCGUGGGCAAUGAGGUCUCCCCACAAAUCCCUCCUUUCAGCGCCCCCUUUGCUUCUUCCUCUGAAUUCUCUAAAACAGGCAGCUAAGGAAAUAGAUACUUCAGGGUUUGGCUUUGUCCCUCCUCUGCUUGUACAUCUUGCUAUAUUUCAAACCCUUCCUUCUGUUGGAAGAAACUAACUCAGAAAACCACUGGUGUGUUCUUGAAUCAGCACAAACCAAUGUCAAGGAAAACUGGGGAUUUGUCUCUCCACAUUUCUUCCCAUUGAUCCCAGACGGUCGUGAGCAACGGAAUGGCACUUGUCAUCCUUAGCUCUUGCUUCUUGAUCCACAGAUUCCUUGUCCCAAAUGUCUCCCUGUGUCAGGACAGUUUUGUUCUCUUUGCUACCGAGCUAUAAUCCCUUACUCCACCACCCCCUCCCCAGAAGUUCAACACUGGCACCCCAGAAUAUUUUCAGAUUGCUGCAGUUCAGAGGGUUUGCACUCUGCUAACAGCAGACACCAACAUGAACGAAGCCUGAGGUUUCACUGGCGUGUGCGGAGUGCACGUCAGGCCUCAGGACGGGAAUGUAAGCUUGAAGGACCUUCGCUUCGCACUCAGUUUCUAAUCUCUCAGUCAACCUCCUGGUUGAGGACACCAAGGUUGUCAGCGCAAUAGAUGUAGUUUUAUCUUGUCUAGCAUAAUAAUAACUUUAAAAAGUGUUUUUAGGAUUUGAAAAGGUACAUGGUUGAUAAGUAAAAGCCAGCUUUCCUGUCACAUGCUAACUUACGCAUGCAGAUUGGCUAGCUGGAAUAGCCAACCAUUUGUGGAUGGACUAUGAAACAGGAUCGAUUUAGCACAGAUAUAUUUCCAAAAAUCAUCUACCAAGAAUACCUUCUUGGAUAUUGCCUUUAGGUGUGUUUUAUAACAUAGAAGAGCAGUGGGGUCUAUUUACUGGCAAUUUCUCUGUUUCUGCAGAUACAUACCCAUUCUAUCCAAAAGUGUAACCAAACAGUUCCUGUGAUAUAAGCAUUCUAAAUUUAGAAUUAAGAGAUAGCCACAUAGAUUCACUUGUGAUUGUUAGACCGUAUCCAUACUCUAAACCAUGAGAUGGGACCUGACACCAGUCCGUGACAACUGUUGUUUUCUGUGCACUCGUUUUCUCUGCAUGUCUCUAGGAAUACACUAUGUACAUAGUGACCACGUAUUUUGUGUCCUUUUGAGUAAGUAGGUUCAAAAGCAAUUACUAAAACCCCAUUAAGCAUGAAUGUGAUUUUAUGUGCAUCAUAUAUAUACAUAUGAAUAUAAAUAUCAGUGUAAGCCUGUGCUCAGUAUGUAAGAGUAUGAAUAUAUUUUCAACUGUGUUAAUAUAUAUGUUGGGAAGACCUGCCAUAAUAUGAUUAUGGUAGUUCAUUUCUCAUAACAUACAUGAGAAACACAGGAUCUCCUAACCUAUUCUGUAUAUAUUCUGAGGGGCACAAAGCUUAUGAUAACCAUGAUGACCACCAUAACUAUAACCAUGACAAAGUAGCGUGAUGUCUAUGGUCCUUUGCAUUGAAACCCACAGCACUGCUACCUAGGAAGGCAUUACUUUUUGGGUGAGACUUUGGUUUUUAAAAAAUGUAAGAAAGAUUUGGAAGCUUUCUCCAGGGUCCCUAGUUAGUAUUGUGUUCUCUGGGGAUUGUUGAGCUGACUCUUACAAAGAGCUAAGUUAAUCUGUGUUGUCCUGAGUUCUCUUCAGUAAAGUUAAAAGAAUGCGAAGUCAGCAACACAAUGAAAGUAAUAGGCCUUUCUGAGCAAACCUGUUAAAACACGUGGGGGACAGGAUACUCAAUUCCUCGAAGGUAUGUUAUCUACUCUGACAGGUAAACCUUUGACAUUCGGGAAACUGUGCAAUCACUUUAAAUUGAUGGGAAUCUCUGCAGGAUGAGUAACAAAUCCUAAACAGACAUCCUAGCUGUCUUAACUCAGUGAGAGAUGUCUGUGUUUAAGAAGGAAGCAUGAGUUUGUAAUUUCACCCAGCACUAGUAGCUGUGAGCUCAGAGUUCCUGCGAAAGAAGCCAACUUUAGAGAAAUAAUGGAUAGUUCACCAGGUCCUUUAGUCUUUUCUAAAGAACUCAGUUUGUCUUCUAGAUAAUAAUAGGCUGUCUGUCUAGCUGAUGUGUUUAAAAUUGUGUGGUGCUUUGUAUGUGAAACUUUAACAAUAUUUUUGAAGUAUAUAUAGUAUAUGCAUUGCUAGUUGUGUAUAUAUACAUACAUGUAGUAGUAUCUGUAUGUGUGGAGAGCAAGAGACAGGAGCCUCAAAGAAUCUCCUGCUUAAGAUGUGUUAGUACUGGUAUACUGGUGAGACUCCUCAUUCCACUGCUCAAGGGCUUCACAUGUGGCUCAGCUCAAGGCAUUCAUUUCAUUCUAAUCUUUACCAUUACAUCCCUUAAACAUUACUCAUAAUGUUUUCAAUUCAUACAAAAACUACUCCAGUGUCUUGUACUGACUGCUGCCAAUCUGUGAAAAUGACUUCUCCCAAACCAGAAACCCUACCACUGUCACCUUGUGUGUUUGAUUUCAUGUGCACACUGCUUUUGUUUCAUGGGCUUGUAUGUAUUCCUCUUCUCUCCCCGUUCUGAAUCAAACUUCACUUCACCUUUUGUGUGAAUGGUUGAGUACACAGAAGUCAAAUCUUGUUUUCUCUGUUGAUUCUUUAACAUGAGCCAGAAUACUCCCCAUUGUCGUUUUUAACCACUUUGGGGAUUUCUUAAUGUUGGAUUAAUAUGGAUUCUGUGAAUGGGAUUUUUGAAGCAAAUUCCUAAAGCCUGUAUCAUUCUUGGAGGUCAUGUACCUAUUGUGAAAAAAAUGUGAAACUGUAUUUCUGAACCUGAAAUAAAUGAUUACAUUUGAAGGAA